AUGUUGGUGUUGCAAGAUAUUAGUUGCAAACUGGAAGAAUAUAAGGCGAGUGUAACUGAAGCAUUGGUAGAAGUUGACGAUACAGAUGCGGCCUCGAAAGCACUACUGUUAAGGUAUAUAAACAGUACAGAGUCCACGGAUCGUUCUUCUACAAUGAGAAUUCAAGCAAUCAUUGAUUAUAUGUAUGAAAAAAUCAAUAUUGGUAACUGGAAAGAAGUUAAACCGUAUGUAAGAAAAACAAUAACAAUUGCCUCUUACUUGAAGUUAUUAGCUCAUGUAAAAUAUGCCGACGAUGAUAAAGAAACGGUGAUAAAGCAAGCGUUUAAGAUAAUAGACUUCGGAAUAUUAUUUGGCUGCCCUUUAGACAAAGAGCCUAAACUGCUUCAAAACUGUGCUACAAUACUGAAUUCUGUAAACAUUAGAAGACAUAGUGAGAAAUCAAAUAGACUAUCAUAUUUUGCUAAUGAAGAGGACAGUAAAAAUCAAUUACAGUCCAGCGUAAUAAAUGGUAUUCCAAUAGAAAUAAUUAACUGUCCUAGUAUGGAAAAUUUCUACAAGAAUUAUAUUCUUGCAGAAAAGCCUGUUAUUCUAGAUAAAUGUAUAAAUCAUUGGCCAGCACUACAAAAGUGGGCAGAUCAAAAUUAUUUCAUAAAACUUGCUGGACCUCGAACAGUAUCAAUUGAAAUAGGAAGUAAAUACACAGAUUCGGAUUGGACACAGAAACUUAUAACUGUAGAAGAAUUCAUUGACCAAUAUGUUUACCAAAAUCAUGGGCGGACUGGUUAUCUUGCUCAGUACCAGUUGUUUGACCAAAUACCUGAACUAAAAAAUGAUAUCACAGAACCAGAAUAUUGCUCUUUUACUGACAGUAAUGAGCCUGUUGAUAUUAUGGCUUGGUAUGGUCCUAAAGGUACCGUCUCACCAUUACACCAUGAUCCUAAACGUAACUUGUUAACGCAAGUUGUAGGGGAGAAAAAAAUAUUUCUAUUAUCUCCUAAAGAUUCGGAGAAUGUAUAUCCUCAUGAACAUGAACUAUUAAAUAAUACAGCACAGGUCGAUCCUCGGCAGCCAGAUUUAGAGAAAUAUCCAAUGUAUAAGAAUGCAACACCAUAUUAUUGCAUAUUAAAACCUGGACAAAUGUUGUAUAUACCCCCGAAGUGGUGGCAUUUUGUUGAGUCCAUGUCUAUUAGUUUCUCAGUGAGUUUUUGGUGGGAGUAA